UCCUCUUUUACGAAAGUCCCAGAGCAACAUCGGCGUGUCUCAACAAAAGAAAGGCGUGUAAACAUGGAACUGAAGACACAGCCAGUUCUCUGGGCUUUCUUCUUAAUGCUGAGCUUGUGGUCCCAGGUGUGCCGAUCAGUAUCUGUCCACUUCCUGGACCCAAAGCCACUGUAUGUGGUCCAAGGGCAGAUUCUGGCUCUGCACACCGAGAUCGGCAUCACAACCAAGGAGGCGGUUCCCACGGUGGUGUGGGAACGUGUGUCCCCCGACGCCAAGCACCCGGUCAAGGUUGCCGAGUACCCUGGGCAGGCACCAGACAAGCGUAUAUUCAUAGAAGAGCAAGGCGCUGUGUUAAAGAUUACCAACUUUGUCCAUGCCGACAGCGGAGUGUACACCAUCAAUGUGACCGAUCAUUUGGGACGCGUAGCCUCUGCUCAGCACAUUGUUGAAGAGUAUAUGGCCGUGCACCACGUGUCGGUGAUGGUGAACGUGUCUCACACCUCGCUCCACUGCAAGGAGGCGUGGGGCACCCAGCCCGUCUUCAGCUGGAUGCACGAGCAGGCCAAGGUGGACGGCUCGCACGGCCGCCUCUCGCCAGACAACUCCACCCUCUUCGUCACGGCGCGCCUCUGUGGCCUCUUCACCUGCGUGGUCAGCAACAGGCUGGGCCACAGCUCGGCCACCUACACCUCCGAACCGUGUGAGAGGAAAGGGAAUGGUGGAACUGUGGCGGUGGUCUGCCUCUUCCUCUUGCUCAUCGGGGCAGGGGCUCUGCUCUUCCUGCUGUGGAGGCGACGACGGCAGCACAGGAGCAGAGGAGAAAGGCUGAGGGAGUACGACGGCCCCUUAUGAGGACAUCUGGCACACUCACCUAGAAGUGUGUGUGUGUUUGUGUGUCCUGACUGAGAAACCCCUCUCAGGCACCCAGAAUCUUUAAGGAGGGGUUUCCUGUUUGGGUCUGCAUGGUGACCUCAGAGAACUGAACCACACACACAACAUGGAUGUCAGUAUGGAGCUGAUUGCUUGGCAGCAGUUUGAAGUUCUCUGGCAAACAAAUGAACACAUCUCAGACUUCUCCAUUCUUCUGGGCGGUAUUAUUAGCUGCUUAUUUAUAACAAAGUGUGUUAUUUCAGACCAUGAUUGUGUCCAUAUUACUGAAAGUGCUAAUAGUUAUGUCAGUAUUGUUCAAUAUCACAGCUGUGAUUUUGUAGUGUUUACAAAGUAACCACUGCUCAUUUCAAACUUGCACUGGUCUGUUGAAGACUUUAAACACUGGAAAGAUAGAAUACCCUAUAGCAAUAAUAGCCUUGUACUUAUAAGACAGAUCAGCACGUAGUUCUGUUGAGCUACAACGAAGCAUGGUUAGCAUGAUGUUCUUUAUGGUGAGCAUGGGAUGGAGACAAAGGUAUCAGGCUGGAAUGAUGCAUAAUGUAUUCAGCAUGCAAUGAUCCAUAUGGAGCCAUUUAUUUGCAUAUGGCAAGGACACAUAAUAACCUUGUAGUCUAGUUGCUGAUGGUCAAUUGAUGAUUUUCACCAAUGAUACCUUGCAGAGAUGUCUGGGCAGUAAUUAUCAAAGUUAGUGGUGCUUUAAGCAUGCACCCUGAAACAUCAUGUAAUCCCUGGUUGUGAAUAAACGCAAUGUACAUGUAUAUUCAAGGCUUGCCUGCGGCCAAAUUGACCACAUUUGAUUCUGUGUUUGGUGUUACCAAGGAUUAUGGUCUGUGAUAUGCAGCAAACACACAGUACAGAAAUCCACACUGAUUCCAGUAAAGGAUAGAACACACUGUGACUGCACUGAAAUAUUUUCUGUGACUAUAUGAUGGAAUUUCCUCGCCUCUCUGAUUUCAAAUAAAUUGAACUACCAGAGAGAGUCUUUAAUCAGCCUAAGAAGACAGAUGUAACUCAUCUGUUGUUACCGUAGUUACUCUUCAUUAACUUCCUAUAGCAGCCAGAAUUCAAUUCAAAAUCCUCACUCUGGCCUAUAAGACACUUGCACCUUGCUAUCUUAAGCCUACCUCAUACUGACAGACUUUGACAAGAUUUGGGAAAGAUUCUUGAAAGAUUGUAGUCUUUCGAGUAAAGUUUGAAUGAGGGGCAUUAGUUAAAAGACUACAAUCUUUCAAGAAUCUUUCCCAAAUCUUGUCAAAGUCUGUCAGUGUAAGGUAGGCUUUAAUUGCAUGAUCCAGCUCUACGUCCCCUCGGAUCCGCUGCGGUCCACUGAUUAGCAUCUGCUAUAUACUGUAUGCCUUCCAUCAACACUUGUCACUGUGUCAUCACAGUCGAGACUUUUCGUUGGCGGUUCUUUGUUGGCGGAAUGAUUAACAUUAAUGCUCUUUGUUUUAGCGAAAGUUUGUUUAACUUGUAUCUAAUGAUGUUUAUGGUUAUUCUCGUUAUUCUGUUACAUUUCAUGACACUAUUUUUUAUUUUUUUUUUGCUAUAUGACUUAACUUUUAAACUGUUCAUUUUAAUGUAUCAAUGUCAUUGUAAGUUGCUUUGGACAAAAGUGUCUGCUAAAAACCAUAAACAUAUAUACAUAACAAGGA